CAACUGCUACGCCAGCCGGCAGCUUCAGCUUCCACCUCUUGCAUGUCGAUAGCAUCCUUUCUUCUCCUUUGAAGCAUGGACGAGGCUGCAGCGGCGCCUGCAGAGGCGGAAUCCGACGCCUCGAGCGCCAAACCAGAGCGCCCAGGACCACAAGUCAUUGCCGUGGCCGAUGCCGGCGAUAUCAUCCUCGACGUGACCUUUGAGACGUCCAAGGAGACGCUCCGCAAGACCAGCAAGGCGACGGCGUACGCCAAGAAGCCGGGUGCUCCCCAGCCCGCCCUCAAGACCAAGGUGCGGGUUGCCUAUCGCGUCAGCCAGGCCGCCCUCAAGAAGCACUCCAAGUACUUCGACAACCUCCUGUCCAACUCAUCGUUCCGCGAAGCCGGCCUCAUCGCAGAGGCACACAAGAAGCUUGCGGCCAGGCAGAUCAAGCCGGCAGAAGCAGAUGCCGCGGACCUGCCCUGGAUCACCAUCACCGACGAUGACGAAGCCACCAAGGCGGCAGGCCGCGAGCAUGCGUUUGAGGACAUGCUCCGAAUCAUGCAUCAGAAGCCGCCCAAGAUGACGAGAGUGACCCUUCAGGACGCCGCUACGAUUGCCAUUCUCGCGGAUCGCUUCGACUGUAUCACCCUCGUGGCUCGCUCCAGCCUUAACGGGGUGCGCUGGCCAGUGACGACCACGAAGCCUUAUACUGACGAGAGCGGCCGCUACACAGACGCCGAGGAAGUCCUGCGACAAAAGGUUCUGGUUUCCCUGCUUCUAGGUAACGGCAUGAGACUCCAUCAGGCAGCGCGGGAGCUCAUUACGAGGGGCUCUCGGCUCUGGAGCGAGUUUCAGUAUCGCGACGAGACUCUGACGGCUGCGUGGUGGCAUCUACCCGACGGCAUCGAGGAGGAACUGCAAUACCGCAGACAGUGCGUCUUAAACACCAUUGCCUCCGCCCAACGCCACUUCCUCGAUCUGUACUGCUCAAAGGAGCGCCAAUGCAAGCUGGGAUACGACUCCAGCGUUGCAUGCGACUCCUUCCAGCUAGGCCAAAUGGUAAAGUUCCUGACGUCCAAGAACCUCUUGUUCCUCGUGGACUACACCCCGGCGUCCCUGGAGAGGGUGCCCGACGCCGCCACGGUCAACAUCGACGACCUGCUCGCUACCCUGAAGCAAUGCCCCAACUACCAGGUCGACAAGAAUCACACCAACUGCGGCCUUAGAACGCGCCUGGAGCCAAUCGUCGACUACAUCCGGGCCAUGCUGUCCGCGAGCGGCACAUCCAUUGCGCACGCUGACUGGAAGAAGCGUCGGUCCGAGGUGUCGUGGACGAUGCUUAGGGAUGGCCAAGGCACAGGCGACACCCAUGAAGAUUCACGGACAUUUGUCUUUACUCGCUCAGUGGCCAACGACCAGCGGCUUCGUUAUGAAAAUGCCAUGUAUACUGAUCGGUUGUCUAGAAGCCUAUUCACGGCUAGCUCGUGGGAUUGGACGCCCGAGGCUUAA